AUGCCCUUGAAGGUUUGCAAGAAGAGGAAGACGACAACUGCGGACGAGCUGGUCGAUGAGCUUGUUUUCGAGAUUCUCAUCCGGCUGCCCGUCAGGUCCCUCCUACGGUUCAAGUCUGUGAGCAAGGUGUGGCGCGCAAUCAUCUCCGACCCCUUCUUCAUCCGUGCGCACCUCCGGCAAUCUGCCUCCAGAUGGAGGAAGGACCCUUCACUGCUUGUCACCCCUCACGCUUUGAACUACGUCAUCGAGGACGAGGCUUGGCCGACCACCUUCUCCAACGAGAUCCGAUUCUAUCAGUGGCCGCAACAGCCCUCCUCCUUAGAGGAGGAGGAGCCCCAAGAGGCGAGGCUCCUCAUGCACGGCGGCAACUUCCUCGGCGAGUUCAACUCCGUGUGCUCCUUCGCGCACUGCGACGGCCUGGUGGUCGCCCCCACCAACACUAAAGUCUAUCUCUUCAACCCGGCGACCAGGCACACCAUGACGCUGCCGCACAGCAGGCGCAACAAGAUGCACCGGUACCAGGUCUGCCUCCCCGUAGGCCUCGGCCGGGACCCUCGCACCGGCUGCCACAAGGUGGUCCGGGCCUUCUACCGCUCCAGGGAUCCUAGCACUGGCAUCUACGCCAUGGGGAUGGAGGUCUUCACCGUCGGCGAUGCUUCCGCUUCCUGGAGGGAAACCGCGGCCGAUCCGCCAUACCCUGUCGCGGGUUGGAUCACCGCCGUGUUCGCCAAUGGGGCCCUGUUCUGGGUCAUCGAGAAGCGUGGUCUCGAUCCGAGCCCGCACAGCCUCCUCCGCCUCAGCCUGGACGACGAGACCUUCAGCGUCACGCGCCUGCCUGACUCGCUGGACCCUGCGCUUGUCGAGUCCUACUCCUUCAUGCUGGACGAGAUGCACGGCGAGCUAUGCCUGACCGCCUUCAGCAGCAGCAAGCCGGCCGAGCAGCAGCCCCUCAAGAUCUGGACGCUGGUGGAAGAAGACGGGCGAUGGGAGCACCGCUACUCCCUCACCAUUUCGGGGCUGGUGCACCCGAUGGCUCUUCUCCCCGGCGGCGGCGCCAUGAUUGUACAGCGGUCACAGUACAUCUGCCGCUACGAUCUGCAGACGCAUGAGCUGGACACCGUGUGCGAGCUGGAUCGCCUGAGGUACAAGAGCACGGGCACGUUCAAGGCUGCUGCUAGGCGGGAAAUCUUUUACUUCAAUGUAAUACCUUACACUGAGGGCCUGGUCCGAAUUUGA